GGCGUUAUUGCCAACAGAAUAAUGGAAAGCAGUACAAUUCAUACAGCACCGAAUACCUCUGAAGAGAGUUUAAAGAUUGCUGGUUCUGCUUCUUCUUUAUUUCACGAUUCUAUACAGAGUCCCUUUGAUUCUUUAUUUUCACCCGCAAAUGAUUCCAACCCUACAGCUGAUUUAAAUAUAACGGAAUCACAUCUCACAACUCAAACCAACGAAACAGAAAGCUCUUACUUUGACAACUCUAAAGCAAAUGAGCCUGAAACUGCUACAACACAAGUGUUAACAGAUUACUCAGGUAACACAACAGUAUGA